AAGUAAUCAGUCUCUUUUCGUUGCUUCUUCUUCUUCUUCUCUCGCUCGGAAUCGCCAUUGGAGUGGCUCUAGCAGAAAUCUGGAGAUAUUCAUACUCAAUCGCGCCUAAAAUCACUAACCAUAAACAAACUUACCUCUCGCUAGAGUUUCAGGUUAAAAGGGUAGGGAAAUUGCUCAAUCUCUGAACCGAUGGAUCCUCCUGCACGAUUACCUGCUGAAGAGGUUGGGGAUGAAUUUGCAAAAGAUUACUAUACCGUCUUGGAAUAUUAUCCGCAGCAUCUCCGUGCGUUUUAUCAAGAUUCUAGUAAGAUUGGACGGACUAGAAACGAUGUAAUGCGUUUAAACACCUUAUCGAAUAUAGAUGAUGAGAAUCUUAAUGGAGGUUCUGGUUCGGUGGAGGUAACCAGUAUCAUUUCCCGAGACUGUCAAGAUGGUGUUGUCUUGGUUGUUGUCUGUGGCUACUCCACUCAAAAAGAGACACUUGAAAUGAUGAAGAACUUCACCCAAGUUUUCUUUCUUGCUCCCCAAGAACCCGAGGGCUACUUUGUUUUGAUUGACAUUCUCCAAUUUGAUGACCAGACGAUUGUUUCUGCUAGUAAUAAUGGUGUGUUAGCAAAGCAAUCAGUUCAAUUAUAAAAGCAGCCUGCAUAUUUUGCUCCCGAGGAAAGCCCUGUUCCUUUGACCAGUUGGUAUUCUCAGUCUGAAUUAUUCAUCUGGUUGAUCCAUCCAGAUUAUGUUCGUUUUAUUAAUAAAAUUUCAUGACUCAUUUAACUGAUUCAUUUGACUGAUCCAUCUGAAUGAAGUUUUGUUUGUUUGAUCA